GAUAACGCAACAACGAUAGUGAACCCUCACCCCCUUCUCUCUCUCCCCUCUCUCUCCCCUCUCUCUCCAUCUCCAAAAAUGGCGCUUCCGUAUACACUGUCCCCACGAUUCAACGCACCUCGCCUAAGCUCAGGAAUUUUACACAAGAGUAUUGGACCGUUGCGAUUUUCUCCCCAGAGAAGUGACAAAAGUGAUAAACAGGAACUUACAAGAGGUUUGGCAAAAAGCAAAUUCCAUCAAGCUCCAGCUGCUCCAUUGGAAUCGUCUAUAUGCACACAAUCAUCGGUAUCACAUGCGCAACAUGAGCUAUGCGAAUCUCUUUCGUACUACUCCCAGAUGUUGACAAUAGCGGAUAUCGACCCCGCCACCGCUAAGACGCUAGUCGGGAUAACAGGCCCUUUCCUCUCAGCAUUCGGGUUCUUGUUCAUACUGAGGAUAGUUAUGUCGUGGUAUCCGAAGCUACCCGUGGGUAAGUUCCCCUAUGUCAUAGUCUAUGCACCUACUGAACCUUUUCUUAAGGUAACCAGGAAGGUGAUACCACCUCUUGGCGGGGUAGAUGUUACACCCGUGGUAUGGUUUGGUCUCGUGAGCUUCUUGAAUGAGAUAUUAGUUGGCCCACAAGGGCUACUUGUUCUUUUGUCUCAACAAGUUUAGUGUUGCAUAUAUGCCUUUGUAAAAAAAUUUUGAAUAUUUCGAGUAAUUGAUGAGCAAAGAUUAUUCAUGUUAGUUUCUUGUGACUUUUCUAGCUGCAUGUGAAUCAAUCCCUGCAUACUUUGUGAAAGCUUUAUAUGAGUAGAACUAUUUAAGCAGCAGUUGUAUCUUAUUCAUUAAAAUCACAAAGAAAUAAUGCACUUUCCACCGAA